AUGAAAGCGUCUAUCAUGACCCCGCUUAUGUCCCUCGUGGGCCUGACGAUGGCCGUUGAUAUCCGCUCAGAUAUCCCUGAGGGCUACACUAUUGUGCCUAUGACGUGGGUCGGCCCCAUCGAGGAGGGCGGCAAAAACCACACCUUCAAGGGCACAGCUGAGGAGGUGCUGGCUCAGAUCGAAAAGCUCAACCCCAACUUUGCCGAGUUCGCUGACAGCAAGAAGAAAGACGACAGCACGAAGGUGUCUAUACGUGCCCUGGAAGCUCGCCAGCCGACUCGCGUCGCUUGUGAUGGAGGAGGCCCAAACGGAGGCCAAAGCAUGCGCACCAAAGUCAGUGACGCGCGCCAAGGAAUCGAUCAUCUCAGAAGGCUUGGAGACUUUGGAUGCGGUGCCCCUGCAAGAUCAUGCGCACGCAUGACGUGCAAUUGGCAGUCUGCCAUUUGGUUCUGCAACGAUAAUGACUACGAGGUCAGCGACCGUUGCGAUUGGCAGGGUUACUUGGCUGAGCUGGUGAUUGAGAAAUGUCAGCGGCAUGUCAAGGCUGACUGCUGGGUUCCCAAUCCUGUUUGUACCAAUUGCUGUCAGGCUAUUGACACAUGGCUUGUCAUGGGCGCACAGUACGACGUACGGAAUUGGAACGUCAUGAUUAAUGGAGGCUGCUAG